AUGAGACAUGCAAGUCCAUUCCACCAGCACCAGACUAUUGAGGAGCAUUUUUCAUUCUGGGAUGCUGAUAAGUAUGCCACGCUGGAAGCAUUGAAAUCGAUUCAGACACUCACUGCCGAGCUCGUGACCAUCAAGGCUGAGUUAUCUCUGACUGAUGAAGACUUUUAUCAAUUUUACAAAGAAGAAUAUGAUCACUUAGACAGUUUGAAGCUGCCACCAGUUAGAGACCAGCUCUGCAUACACUAUGUUGAGGUCCUUGACGAGCUCGCAGAACUACGAACCGAUUGGGAUGCAGCCCGCGAAGUUGGCAACAAUGCCCUUACUAGUAUUCCCACUGGUAGCUUGGAGCAAAUCAAUAGUGCCCUCACACAAGCUCACAUUCAAGUUGACACUUCCUACACUAAGUUACAGAAUGCUGAGGCGCUUGUUGCGCACAUUGAGGUUCAAUUGGUUGUUGAUCAGCGGUGGGAGAUUGGCGGACCGGAGUACCAGCAUUUCAAGGAGGAAGCAACCCUGGGCAAGUAUUGCACUGCCCUAGAUGAGCUAGAGCGCCUCAUUGUGAUGAGGCUGUUCAAACUCUCAAAACUAUCAUUAUUGGGAACAGGCAAGUUUAUUGGAAAGGCUCUACAACGUUGUUCGGAUGUGAUCCGUGAUGCAAUUAAUUGGUACAACACUCAAGCCGUAGCACUCAAGCCACCGCUGUCACCGCAACCAAAGAUUUCAUGGAAAGAUAUUGCUGACUAUGGUUUUCUAGGCAAAUUCGAUCUUCUGCGAUAUUCUCGCAAUAAUAUUCGAACCAGUGAUUGGUCGAAGCCAGGUCAUCGAGAAACAACUACCAAAUUCUUCAAGCUUUGCUGA